AUGGCACCGGCUCGUCGACGCGCUCCGGCGCGGAACGGAGUCUCUGCUAAGAGCCCUGAUGUCGCAGAGACAGCGACCCCCGAAUCAAACGCCGAGGUCAGCCUGCCGCGCAGAGCGGCCGCACCUCGAAAACAACAACAAGCGGCUAGCCGUGGCCGCGGCAAGAAGGCUGCCGACCCAGAAUCUGAGGCCGAAGAGCAGGACGAUGAGGACGAGGACGUGAUCGAUGCGCAGGAGGCAGACGAUGACCAGGACGAGGCGCGGCCACACACUGCGCGGACAGCAGCAGGGACGCAAGCCGAGGGUCCGCGGGUGCGCCUUCGCUUCAACGAGCCUCUCUCAUGGCGGCCAGGAAAGCCCAUCCCGACCGAAGAGCUGAUCCGGCGUCUCGAGACACUGAGUCGUGAGCUGACGGACCUCGACCAGGAGACGUUUGACACCGAGUCGCUGGCCAAGACUGCCAAAGAGCUCGCAAGCCAUAACCUCCUCAACCACAAGGACAAGGGCGUCAAGGCCUUUGCCGCCGCCUGCCUCGUCGACAUUCUCUGCCUCUGCGCCCCCAACGCACCUUUCACCCAGACCCAGCUGAAGGACGUCUUUGGCCUCUUCAUCACUUCCAUCUUGCCCGCUCUACAGGAUCCCUCCAACACCUAUGAUGCCCAGCAUAAGUAUGUUCUGCAUUCGCUGGCUGAGGUCCGCAGCAUCGUCCUCCUCAACGACCUUGACAGCAGCGACGCGCUGCAGCUUCAGCUGUUUUCGUCUCUCUUCGACGCCAUCUCGGCCCCCAAAAAUGUGUCCGGCGGUCGCCUGCCCACCGACGUCGAGCACGACAUCAGCGACGUGCUCAUCAGCCUGAUCGAGGAGGGCCCCAACGUGCCUCCCAAGGUCGUCGAUGUCAUCAUGGCCCAGUUCCUCCGUGCCGCCGCUCCGGGCGCCCUGCGCGACAAGGGUGUCCCCGACAAGGAUGAGCUCGAUCGCUAUCAGUCGACCUUGCUUCUCAAGGAGGAACCCCCUGCCUACCAGAUGGCCAAGCUCAUCUGCCAGACGUGUGCGGACAAGAUGACCCGCUCCGUUGCCCAGUACUUCAGUGACGUGAUCAUCGACUUUUCCGGCGUCGGCGGCAACGCCGCCGGCAACGGAAAGGGUCCGGCUGGGCACAAGGGUGAAAAGGGUUCUGACGAUGAAGAGGAGGACGAGGGCCUGAACGGGCCGUCCGAGUCCGACCUGCGGGAAAUGAAAAAGGCACACUUGCUGCUGCGCGAGCUCUGGAGAGCCGCCCCGCAGGUGCUCAGCAAUGUCGUGCCCCAGCUCGAGGCCGAGCUUUCGGCAGACAACGUCUACCUCCGGAAACUGGCGUCGGAGACGCUCGGAGACAUGAUUGCAGGUAUUGGUGCUGCUGGUCCACCGCCACUACCGGCCCUGGACCCUGCAGCGUACCCGCCCCUCAGAUUGACCGACGAGCUUGCUACUCAGGCCACCGACAGUGUUUUGACGACGCCGACCUCGCCCCAUUCCUUUGCCCAGACACACCCCCACGUGUACCAGAGCUUCAUCAACCGGAAGAACGACAAGUCUGCCCUGAUCCGCACUGCCUGGGUGACUGCUGCUGGCUAUAUUCUGUCCACGUCUGCGGGCGGCAUCGGCCUCAGCCGUGAGGAGGAGACCGUCCUUGUCCUUGGCCUUGGCGACAAGCUCACCGACAGUGACGAAAAGGUCCGCCUGGCCUCCGUCAAGGCUAUUGAGGCGUUCAACUUCCGCGAUGUCAUCACCAAGCUCGCCCCCCACGGCGGCGUCUCCAAGCAGGGGUCGGUGCUGUCCAACCUGGCCGACCGCUGCCGUGACCGGAAAUCACACGUUCGCAUCGAGGCCAUGGCACUGCUCGGCAAGCUGUGGGCUGCAGCAACGGGCGAGCUGGCUGCAGGUGAUGAGGCCGUGAUUGCUGCCCUCGGUGGAGUCCCCACGCGCAUCUUCAGCACUAUUUAUGCCAACGACCUGGAGCUGAACCUGCUUGUGGAUCGCAUUGCCUACGAGUACCUCGUGCCUCUCUCGUACCCUGCCGUCAAGAAGGCCCAAAAGGCCACCAACGGACGCGGCAGCCAGCAACAAAAGUCUGCCGCUGGCGGUGGCAUCGAUGCCGACGCCGUCCGCGCCGAGCGCAUCCUGCUCCUGGUACGCUCUCUGGAUGUGAGCUCCAAGCGUGCCUUCUUCUCUCUCCAGAGCCGGCAGCCUCAGUUCUCGAGCAUCGUGGAAGGCUUCCUCAAGCAGUGUGAGGCCUACAACGGUGGUGUCGGCGAGGAUGGCAAGAGAGCCGCGCCCAGCCUGGAAAAGAGCAUCCAGUACCUAUCGCAGUUCUUCCCCGACGCCGCCAAGGUUCGCGCUGAUCUGCAGCGGUUCGCCAAGCUCAACGACCGCCGCAGCUACCAACUUGUGCGCUUUGUCAUUGGUCCUGAGCACGAUUUCACGACCAUGUACCGCGCCAUGAAGGAGCUUGUGAAGAAGGUGCAGGGCACCAAUUCGAGCACCAUUCUGGACACGCUGCUUCCUCUGCUGUACCGUUCCGGCUGCAUCAUGUUCAACCGCAGCCACCUGACCACCAUCAUGGAGUACUCCAAGGCCGGCCACGAGGACAUGGCCGCGACCGCCAAUGAGAUGCUCAAGGAGGUGUCGCAGCGGAACCCGGGUCUGUUCAAGACCACCAUUGGCGAGCUGUGCAAGGAGCUGGCGACGCACGCACCCACGGAGACACGCGAAAACGACCCCAUUAUUAUUGAUUCACUCAAAGCGUGCUCGUCCUAUGCCGCCAAGUACCCGCAGGAGGUUCCCCGCGACCGCAAAUUUGUGCAGGCCUGGAUCAGCUUCGCUGUCUUCGGACGACCGGAAAAGGCUGCCAAAUAUGCAGUCAGCAUCUUGUUGUCCACCAAGGACGAGAAGAGCAUGGUGAGCGCAACUGAGCUGGCCCGAAAGGUGACCAAGGACUUUAAGUUCGAGUCACCGCGGUUCCUUAACAAGCUCGUCACGGUCAGCCAGCUGGCCCGGUUCGUGCCGAGCGUGAUUGCCGAUGCUGAAGACGAUCUGCGGAAGCAAGCUAUGGACAUCCUCCGCACCGUCCGCAGCCCGUCUUCGGCCAGCGACCCGGACUGGGUUGACGAUGCGGACCUCGACGACGAGGGCAAGGCCAAGGUGCAGUGCCUCAAGUUCCUGGUGCAACAGCUCCUUGGCACGAAGGACAUUGACGAGGCCAAGAAGGACGGCAAGAACAUUAUCCGCUUCCUGGUCAAGUUCAUUGUCCAGGACGGCGAGGUCACCAAGAGCAAAGACACGCCCAGACACCACUGCUCGCGGCUCCGGCUCGCUGCGGCACAGGCCAUCCUCAAGAUCUGCGCCAGCCGGCAAUUCGACGAGAUCCUCUCGCCCUCCGACUUCAACACACUGGCACUCGUCACACAAGACCAGCAGCCCCAGGUGCGUCGCGGUUUCAUCGAGAAGCUGCAAAAAUACUUGGUGCUUGGCAAGCUGCGCCCCCGGUUCUACACCAUUGUGUUCCUGGCCGCCUUUGAACCUGUCACCGAGUUCCGGAACCAGAUCGAGACGUGGAUCCGCUCGCGGACCCGCUACUUCCAGGAGGCCAAGCAGAACGUCCUUGAGGGCGUCAUUGCGCGCCUCAUCUCGUUGCUCGCCCAUCAUCCCGACUACAGCGCCGAGGCCGACGAUCUUGUUGACCAUGCGCGCUACAUCAUUUUCUUCCUGAACAACGUCGCGACAGAAUCGAGCCUCGGCCUGAUCACAAAAUAUGCCGAGCGCGUCAAACAGACGCUUGAUGGCAUCAACGCGGAGAACAGCGAGAACCUGUACGUUCUUUCGGAUCUUACACAGGCGACCAUCCGCAAGUUCCAGCAGCGCAGGGGCUGGAUCUUCGAGUCCUACGCGGACAAGGUCGGUGUGCCCCAGGGCCUCUACUCGCCACUGCCAUCGCACGAUGUGGCGCUGGAGAUUGCUCGCAAGCAGUACAUCCCCGAAGGCGUUGAGGACCGAUUGGACGACCUCCUCAAGGCAGCCGAGCGGAAGAAGAAGCGCAAGUCGGGAGACGACUACCACCUGCAGCACGACGUCGCACAGAACGCCGCCAAGCGAGCCAAGACAUCGUCCGCGUCCCGGCCAUCGGGCCCGCCUCGGUCGACGUCCAACAGCAAGGCCGUCUCCUCGGGUGCUGCUCCGUCGUCGUCGAGAAAGAGCGCCUCCGCUUCCAAGCCCAAGUCGAGCGGUGCCACCAAGCGCGUCGCGAAGCCCUCUCGGGCCAUCAAAUCCUCGUCUCCGGUCCGGAUUCCCGACUCCGAACGGCGUCGUAGUGGACGCUCGGCUGUGGCCCAGACCUCGUACAUGGAGCGGGAUUCGGAUGAGGACGAUGAGGAGAUGCUUGACGGUGUGGCCGAAUGGCAGUAUCUUGACAGCGAAGACGAAGAGGCCGGUACCAGUGCCACAAGGGCGCGGGACAGCGGCGGUCGGAGGCGGCAGAGCAAAUCUGGCGGCGGCAGGGCCAGCAGCGGUGGCGACAGUGGUAUGUGGGGCCGCUCGCUCCGGCAAGCAGUGACCGAUUCAGAAGCGGAGGGUGGUGAUGACGGUGCCGAGAGCGAGUAG